AUGAUUCGACCAAUAUUAGAAACUAUGAGAAAUCUUUUUCGAAAUAUUCUCGUAUUACAGAUAAAUCCAGCAAGUAAACUGAUAAAGCUCUGUCCUUUUGCGCUACAACACUCAUCAGUCAUCUGCUAUACAUGUGGACGUACUCCUGAAUAUUAUAAUGAAUUUUUAGUUUUUUCAGAUUUGUACAAUAGGUGUGACUGUGAUCAAAAACCUUCUGCGGAAGUCGACUACGGUCUUCAAUAUGAAGUUUCAGAUAAAAUGGGUGAAGAAUCUUUAUCAGCUAUGGAAUUAACUGUGCUGACGCUGAAAACAGCAAUCAUGGAGUUCGCUCAAUUCUAUGCUAAGUAUUGUAAUAAAAUGAAUAACACAGAUCCUAUUAUGGUAACCUUGAAACGGAUGCUUGCUGAGGAGAAACAAUUUAGUGCACAAGCAAAUUUCGGAAGUCUCAAUGAAGAUUUAUAUGGCUUACUGAUACGUUUGAGAAGAGACUACAAAGAAGCACAAAAAACAUCUAUGUUAACCGAUGCAUCUAUUGAUUUGUUAAAUGUUUAUGAAAGACUGAAAAUGAUAAGUGAAAUCGAUGAAAUUAAAGCGCAAAUGGCUCUUAUUAGAAAAAGACAAAAAAACUUUAUUAAAAACCAUGAAAAAAACAUUUAA